UGACCACCAGCACGAGACUCUGUUCCAAGACAAAACCCUAAGGAGACACGACGGCCUCAUGUUGGAUUUGGCAGGUGGUCAGAGAGGGCAGUUCAGGGGUGACCAAUGGCUUGGCACCAGGAUUCUCAGGAUCAGGAAGAGGCAGGGAACUUCUGGAAGAACACAGACAGGUACAUCAUCAUCAAUUGAGUGGUUGCCCAUCUUUUUGGUACCCAAUUACUACGGUGCGACACAUUCGUGGCUGUUGGCUUUCCAACAGAAUGGUGCCGUCCUAAUAGGCUAGAAACCUCAACAGCCGUUGGCGUUGACGGACACCCACCCCGAGUACAGUUCUUCCUCCACAAUCACCCAUUCCAUACUAAUACUGUCAUCGCUGCUCUGUUUUACUCGGCCGAAACUAAGUUCUCUUU